AUGUCGACAAAGGCGAUUCAUCUCGAAUUGGUGGGAGAUCUCACAUCAGAUACCUUCAUCGCAGCUUUCCGAAGAUUUGUAGCAAGACGGGGAAGAUGCGCUCAGAUAUGGAGCGACCAAGGCCGCAAUUUCGUCGGAGCAAACAAGCAGCUGGUCGCAGAUUGGACUGAAGCCAAGUUACAAUUCGAAGGUUCAAUCGCUGAGACGCUAGCUAAAGAUGGCACAAAGUGGCACUUUAUCCCAGCCUAUAGUCCUCACAUGGGCGGACUAUGGGAGGCUGGUGUGAAAGCGAUGAAACAUCAUCUAAAACGAAUCAUGACCCACAAUAUGACCUACGAAGAGAUGAGCACGUUGUUGUGUCAGAUUGAGGCGUGUCUCAACUCACGACCGUUAACUAUGAUAGAUGAUACAGACAAGGAUCGCCUGCAACCACUAACACCUGGUCACUUCCUUGUCGGUGAAACACCAAUAACUGUACCGACACCAAACCUCCGAGAUGUCCCGAUGAGUCAUUUAUCAAGAUGGCAGCAUCAACAAAGAUUAUUAACUGACUUCUGGCACAGAUGGCAACAAGAAUAUCUGACAACAUUGCAACAACGUUCCAAAUGGCACCAUAAAGUCAAGGAGCUGGACUUAGGACACAUUGUUCUAAUAAGGUCAGAUAAUCUACCUCCGGGUAAAUGGAUGAUGGGCCGUAUUGUUGAGAAACACCCGGGUGCUGACGGUGUCACUCGGGUAUACUCAGUAAAAAGUGGUGAUAGUGUAGUGCAGAGGUCAUUUAAUAAGUUGUGUUACUUACCAAUAGACACGGAAUGUUGA